AUGGCUGUCAGUCCUAACUUGAAUGUGCACUUUCGUUCUAUGGAUUCUAUUUCUAUGGAUUCUAUUUCUCUUCGAGCUGUCAGUGAGUAGCUAAAGGCCUUUCUCAAAUUUCUAAAUAUAAUCGCGGGAAAUACAUUUGGAAAGCAAAUGCCUACUGCUGAAAAGAGAAGAUUAAUUUGUCAGUAGAAGCUACCAUUUGUUUUCUCAACAACGAACGGCCUAUCUUGAGACCAUCACCAGUACGGUGAGAGGCCUAGGCUACGCAUACUCAUGCCAUCUAUCUUCAUCAUUGGGUUCUCUCUCAGGAAUCAGUAUGGCACACCGCUCUCAGUGUUCCUCAGCCGGGGAUAACCCCCUGGACUCCAACUACCUGCCUCCCCACUACCGCGAGGAGUACCGGCUGGCCAUUGACGCACUUGUGGAGGAUGACCUGGAGGGCUAUUAUGAAUUCCUCCAGAGUGCGGAUGUGGUGGACUUCCUUUCCAGACAGGAAAUUGAGCACAUUAAGUGCACAGUGCAAGUUCCGUACCAGAGCAUUCAGCCUGAGCUCCCGUAUGUGGAGUCUGGGGGAGACGGCUCUUCAGACACAUACUGGCCUGUCCACUCUGACUUGGAUGCACCCGGUCUUGACCUUGGCUGGCCCCAACAGCAUCGCUUCAUAGGCCCCACCGAUGUCACCACACUGGUUAACCCCUCUGAGCCAGAUAUGCCAAGUAUCAAGGCGCAUGCUCGUCGACUUAUCAAGAAUGCUCAACAAGUGAUCGCUGUGGUAAUGGACACCUUUACAGAUGUGGACAUCUUUGCUGAUAUUCUGGACGCUGCCAUGCGAAAUGUUGCUGUGUAUAUCAUUCUAGAUGAACAGAAUGCACACCAUUUCACUACCAUGGCUUCCAACUGCCGGGUCAAUCUGGACAGCAUUCAAUUAAUGCGUGUCAGAACUGUGUCAGGCAUCACCUAUCACUGUCGCUCUGGGAAGUCCUUCAAGGGUCAGAUGAUGGAUCGCUUCUUGCUGACAGACUGCAGGGCAGUCCUGAGUGGAAACUAUAGCUUCAUGUGGUCUUUUGAGAAGCUUCACCGUUGCAUGGCUCACCUCUUCCAAGGACAGCUUGUGACUACUUUUGAUGAGGAGUUCCGGAUCCUGUUUGCACAGUCCCAACCUUUGGUACCCGAAAAUGUCCUUGUUCUAAUGCCACACUACAGCAGUUUAUCUGACAGCCAAUACAGCACUGAUCGGACACCAUUGUUCAGCGAUCCAAGAAAGUUCCUCCCCAUAGAGAGCUCUCGUGCUGAAGAAUGGGCUAGACAUUCCUCUGAUGGCCACAUGGAUAUGGUUAAAAAAAUGAUGCCCCUUGGAAGGUGUGAGCCCAUCCACAGGUCACUAGAUCAGGGUCAACUAGAUAUGUACAGCAACGAGUACUCCUCCCAGCAAUUAAAAAUGGAGCAGCAGUCGUUUAUGGCACAAGGUCACCCCGUCAUGCAGUCGAACACAAUGGAGUUUGCUGGCUCUAAAAGGCACAGUUAUGCAGAAGGCACUUAUGCCAGACAUUCCUCCUCUCAAUUCAUGCAGCACCAAGCCAUGCACAGCUUUGAGGGGGGUAUGGCAACCCAGAACAGGAAUAUACAUAGGGAACAGCAUCACUAUCAGAGAACAGGGCUAGAGCCAGGUUAUAGCGGCUACGAUCAAUUCAGGGACCAAGGUUACCCUCUGAUGGAUCAGUAUUCUGAGUCUGGGUACCCACAUGGAAUAGAGAUAGAGCCACCAGACAACUAUGACCCUGUACUGAAUUAUUUGUCAUCAUCAAACCUUGCGGUGGAGCUAGGACAUGGCUCAAACAAAUUAUCAAGACCAGGAGAGGGUCCCUUUAGUCAAUCAAACCCCAAAAGACUGAGCGCGAGCCAGCCUCAUGCCUGUCAGACCUCCCCAACACAACAAAACCCAUUUGAACAGAAACAAUUUUUUGUCGGGUCUGGUUCGGACCAUAAAACACGGGAUCCCAAUGCAAAGCAGGGGAUGCGAGAUUGGAGGAUCAGCUCAUACCUCAGUGCAUAUGAUGAUGCAGGAGAGGAAGACAUUCCACAGUCUAUGGGAAAUGACCCCUUUCAAGAGCCCCUUAAUCCAUCACAAGGCAAAUUAUUUGCUCCACUGGUAUCAGAUCCCAGGUUUAGUGCCAAAGAGUUACCCAAGAUUCCAGGGCUCAGGUUAAACAAGCCCACCCACCCAGAACACUCAAGAACACCAGAUAUUCUUGAUAGCUUGGCAACAGAUGCCAGAACAACACUAAAACCACCUUCGGAGUCGUCAUCAACCACUGAAGGUGACAAAUCAGAAGAGAUGGAUGUAAAAGAGCCCAAAAGAGAAGAGUCAUUCCGUAGGAGGUUCAAUCCUGUUAUCCAAAGGACCUCUAGACUAAGAUCCUCACUAAUCUUCAGCUCACAACUAGAACAGCAUAUCUCACAGGAACAUAAACUUACCUCUGGCCAACACUGUGAGGAAACUGCCAAUGAGGAAGAUGACCAAUCUAGAUUAUCCUUGACCACUCAGAUUUUGGGAAAAAGAAGAUCCAUUACAAGAGAACCUUUUGAAUGGAGACUGAAGUCAGUGACAGUUGAUAAUUCAACCAUAGAGUCUUUGAAAUCUGAGGAUAUCUCUACUGAUACAGGUGAUAAGGAAUUGCCAAAGAAUCCUCCUGUGGGCACCGACAUGGUUUCUUCAAUGGAACAACCUAAUCCUGCCCAUAAAGAACAAACCAAAAUGGUACAAUCUGCACAUCCAUCCAAACCUGCUCAAGUUGAGCAACCCAAAACCAUACAAUCAGCACACCAGGCAUCUUCAUUGAGCAAUACAGCCUAUAUAGAUAUGAAUGAUCCAGACAGAAGGUUACAUUUUUUUAAAGAGUUGGCUGCCAAACGAAAAGCUGCAAAGGCUGCAGAGUCUGAGAGCAGCGCUGAAAAAGCUCCUGUAAAACCAGUGACUCCAUUUGACUUGAAAAUUAAGGACCCAGUUACAAGGGUAGAACCUAACCUUCCAAUGGCCCCACUAAAUCCAGCAGAUACUUCAACCAAAAAGCCAGCUCCAUCAACAGAGACCCCACUUAAUCCAGCAGAUACUUCAACCAAAAAACCAGCAACAUCGACAGAAGCCCCACUUAAUCCAGCAGAUAUAUCCACUAAAAAGCCAGCUACAUCAACAGAGGCCUCAUCAGAAAAAAUUGAGACUUCACCAGUCUCACAGGAGAGCAAAACAUCCAUGGCAACAUGUGGCUCAUUACAUCUUGAUGUCAAAAACCAGGCUUCUAAAAAUAACGAACAGGAAGACCUUCAUCUUCCCAAAACUGACUCCAAAACAUUCCUCAGGGAUAAAUUAUCUUGUGUCGAUGGACUACUUAGAGUCUCUACUGAUACUGAGAAGAUUGAGCUGAAGAACAGUCAGAACCAAAGUGUGUCUAAGGUUAACCCUAGAGAUGCAAGUGCAUUUCCUAAGAGCACCUCAAAAGAGCGUACCUUUAACAUCGCCCCAAAGGAUUUCAAACUAUCUCCAAAGAAACCAAAGUCAUUCAAUCCUGCUUCAAAUGAGCUAAACCCAUCUCUUCCACUCACGCUAAUAGAAGCUAGCUCAUCUUCAUAUCCGAAACCAAAGAGUUCGAGCUCAACUAGUCCCACUUCAUCAAAAAAUGCAGGAAAGGAGUCGAGCUCAGCUCUUACCCCCACCCUUAAGGAGGCCAGUUCAUCUAACCCCACGUCAAAGCAGCCAUUACCAUCCUCUAAACCUAUCACAGUAGAGUCCAACGUACCUCUGAGCCCCACCCAAUCUGAAUCAAGGUUCUCUCCUCAUCCUGUUCCAUCAGAAUCCAGCACCUCCCCUUUUACCAUCCCAUUGCAAUCCAGUCCCCCCCCUAUUCCUCAUCCAGUUGAGCCAGUUGUGUCUCCCAAACCUGACAAAACAGAUUCCAAGGAAUCUCUCAGCCCUACUCCAAUACAAUCUUGCUCAUCCUCAAUCCCUGUAACAGAAUUUAGCCCUCCGCCAAACCCUACCCAAACAGAAUCUAGUUUCUUACCCAAGUCCACCUUAGUUGGGUCCACUUCAUCAACACCAAUGGAAUCUAACACCUCUCCCAAGCCCUCCACAAAGGAGUCAUUGUCUACAAUUGCCACAACUGAGUUGAGGUCACCCUCUCCUAAGACCAACCCAAUAAAAUCCUAUUCCUCCCCUAGUCCUGGCCAACAUGAGUCGGUUUUGUCACCCAAACGUUCCAAAACAGCAUGCAACUCCUCUCCAAAGCCCACUACAACGUCCAACAACUCUUCCAACUCUUCACCUCCAUCUUCAAAGCAUUCCAUGGAAGAAACUAACAAAUCUCCCAUCCUCACACCAACAAAAUCUAACUCUCCUCCUGAGCCUACUCCAACAGAAUCUAGUGCUUCUUCCAAUCCAACACCAAGAGAACUCAACUCUCUUCCUAGCACCACCCCAACGGAACCAAGUGCAUCUACUGGCCCUACCCCAACAGAAUCAAGUGCAUCUUCUAACCCAACUCCAACAAAAUCACACUCCACCCCUACAUGUGGGUCAGGUGGAUCAGUUGUGUGUCCCAAGCCUGGCCAAACAAAAUCCAUCACUUCUCCAAACCUCACCCAAAAAGAAUCUUGUUCCUCUCCUAAUUAUACCCUAACUGAGCCUACCUCACCAUUCAACCCUGUCCUUGUGGAAUCUGUACAAUCAAGCAACUCAAACCCAACUGAAUCCACUGCCUCUCAUGACACCGUCCCAGCUCCACCCGUCGUUGUGGUUAACAGUAAGGAGGGCAAACCAAGUAACCUUAACAAGGAGCAAAAAGCGGGAAGUUCUGCAGCUUCUAAAGGUGAGAAGAAAGCAGGUAAUCCUGAGACUACGAGCAAAACUGCUCCUGGAGAAUCUGCCUCCCAUGGGCCGCUGAGUCCUGAUGAGACCAGAGAGAAUAACAGCACUAUGAAACCAGAGAGCACAAUAGAUCAAGGCAAUCCCAUAUCACCCCCAGCGAAGCAAGCUAAAGUAAGCCAGUCCCACUACCAUUCAUAUACUGCCAAUGUACUCUCUAGCAGCAACCUAAGAGAUGACACAAAGCUCCUAUUAGAGCAGAUUUCUGCUAACAGCCAGAGCAGGACAGAACUCACUAAAGAAUCUGCUGUCACUGAUGAUGCCAAACAGGAUGAGGCUGACCGGGGUGUUAGUGGUAAGGAGGAAGCAUCAGCCCAACGACAGAUCGGAGGCCCGACUAGAACUUCUCAGGAGAGGGAGAAGCUUCUUCAGAGAAUCGAGAGCAUGCGGAAGGAGAGGAAAGUCUACAGCCGCUUUGAGAUGGCGCCUUAACCCGGGAUCGGAAGGAUGAGUGAGUACGGAGAAAGACCUUUGCACAUUUUCCUCUAGAACUUGUCCUUUAACUAUGUCCAUUCCCCAAAAGUCUAAAACAACAGGUUGGAGAGGGACCGCUAGCUAACCAACAGAGAUAUUAUUCUCAGGUUUCUAUAUUAGAGGGUUUCUCCGAAUGGACUGUCUGCAUGUAAAGGAUAAAGGUUUUUGGGAACAUGAACAAAAACUUGACUAAGUUUACCAACAUGGAUUACUGUAUAAAUAAGCAGAUACUCUACAGUGUGGGCAAUGGACCACUGCUAUCUACAAGGUGGAACUGAAAAAUCCAAUCUCAUCAGCUAAAUGCACAACUAAAUGUGCAAUAUAUUUGAAAAUGAUUUAUAGACUCGCUGGACACAGGUAUUGUUGACUGCAAUUGUUGAAUGUAAUAUCUGUCACUCUGGGUUGUUUAAUUAUUAUCUGUUUGAGGAUCUGUUUUAUAUACUAACAGCCAUUUACAAAAACUUUAAAUUAGAAUCGCCAUUAUUCACCAUAGAAAAUGGAUUAAUCAUAAACAGUGCAUGUAUGCAGUUGAAGUCAGAAGUUUACAUACACCUUAGCCAAAUACAUUUAAACUCUGUUUUUCACAAUUCCUGACAUUUA